AUAUUAUUCAUUAGCAACAGAAAUAGCAUUUUUCAGUACCAGGCGAAUCGUAAACUUUGUGUAAUUAUGAUUUUCGCGUUCUUCCGUCCCAACAUGAAAUAAAAUACAUAUCGUGUGUAAUUAAGUCAAGAAUGCUAUGUAAAUUGUUGAGCAAUCAUAUUCUGAUUAAUACGCGUGCGAUCAAAAUUAAGUGUUUUCGCAUGUGAGUGCCAUAAAGAAAUUCUGAAGACAAGAAAAAAAGAGGCCUGGAACGCAUGAAACAACGGCAUGGAAACCAUGAGAUUGGAAGUUCUCGCCGUGGCGAGUCUUUGAUACGAGAUUGUUACUCUGGAGACCGAAUGGCAGAAGAAGUGAACGGCAAGAUGAAACUGGACGUUUCCGAUGUGCUUUACGACAGCUCCAGCGUGUCCAGCGACAGCGGGACCUCGCAGAGCUCCCGCGUCAGCCAUGAUUUUCUCUCCAGCAUCGCAAAUGCGGCCGUGCUGCCCAAUAACUUGGUAUCUUUGGACGGAUUGCAUAGCGGUGUACCGACCAGAACGACGCCGACGUUGACGCCGACCACCCUCCGCAGCAUCGAGCAGACGUUCUUGGAGCUGACGAGCGAGUCAGCGACGACGCACGGUCGCGAGGCCGGCUUCGUGCCACCGCUGGUCGAACCGUCACAGCCGACCCCGGCACAGACGCAAAACACGACGGCGGCCCAUCUUCCGGCACCGACGACGACCACUCUUAUUGAGAGCCAGCAGCAAACGCAGCCACAACAGCAACAGCCAGUUAAACGCAAUAUGGGCGGUAGAAGGCCCACCAGAACGAUCGGGAUGACUCCCGAGGAGGAGGAGAGGCGACAAAUUCGGCGCGAAAGGAACAAGAUGGCAGCGGCGAGAUGCCGCAAGCGAAGAAUGGAUCAUACCAAUGCCCUACUUGAAGAGACCGAGGGUUUGGAACAGAAGAAGCAGAGCUUGCAGGAUGAAAUAGAACACCUGAAUCAGGUUAAAGAAGAACUGGAAUACAUUUUAGAAACUCACAGAGCCGUUUGCCGCCAUUCGCUGCGCUCUUCGUCCCCGUUAGACGUGAAACCCGUGAUAAAGCCUGAUCUUCCGGCUGAGAAUCAUUUCGCCACCGAGCCCGUGAAGAGCGACACGACAGUGGGUGCAACGAGACCGAACAGACCUAAUUCACUGCCGGUCGGGUUGGAUAAUAACAACAGACUGAAUUCUUUGCCGAUGUUUGCCGAACCCAAGGAGAGACCGGAUACGCUUGCUUUUAAAACAGUGGAAACACCAUCCUUUAUGAAGCCGUCAAUGGACGUGGCCGGUAUGCCAAUUACUACCCCGACCAGCGGUAUACCAUUUAACUUUGAAUCCCUGAUGGAGGGUGGCACUGGUCUCACACCGGUCUCGACGCCUCUGAUACCAUCGUGCUCGACGCAACAGAGGAACAAUCUGUCAGCCGUGGAUCUCAGCUCCCCGGACGCGAAUCCACCGAAACUCGUGAGCUUGUGACGCCACGAUGAUAUAGCGAAGCAUGGAUCGAACGAGGAGAACGAUCCCGAAUGAGAAUGGAAGUACCAUGACGCGAAAGAAGUUUAAUUUUUUUAGAAAACAGAAAGGAAAGCAGAAAUAUUAUGCGCGUGCUCUUUACAACGAAAUUUUUGAUCGCUCUUAAAAGCUCUUUCACAUGAUUUUGCUUAUUAGAAAGCGCAGUUUUCAAAGCAUUUUAUUGACAGUUUAUCGGCGUUUAUAAUCUUAUGAAAUUUGUAAACAAUUCUACGCAUUUGUUCUUGUAAAAAAAAAAAAAAAAACAAACAAACAUAAAUCAAAUUUGUUCUUAGAAGAAAAAAUAAAGCAAGAAAAUUUUUGUCAUUGAGACAACAAUUGUUUAUAUAUGAUACUCUGCAAGUGCAUUGAUCUUUA